AUGACAAACAGUCCCAAGAAGAGGCCUAACCGCCGCAAGGUUGCAGGCAAAACGGCGAAAAUGCGACCUGCCCGAUCCCGCCCUGCCCCUCGCCUUCAGAAGGCCAAGAAGCCCCAGAAGCCUAAGGAUUACGGCAGCACUCUUGUCUGUCGCUACUGUGGCAAGCGAUACAGCCGCUGCGAUGAGAUUCGCCGCCAUAUUCGGAAGAAGCAUUAUCCUACCUUAUUCCCCCACCUGAACCUCCAGCAAGCCCGACCUGACGUACCACCAGUCGAAUGCAACCUGACCACGUGCCCGAGAGACGACCUGGCAAACCCAUGGGACAAGACAGACGUCGUCAUUGAUUGGAGACAUCUGGAAUUCACACCUCCUGAAGACGCAGAAGAUGCCGUGUCGUCGUUCACUGAGGCAGAGGAGAUUGAGUUGGCAACCGAUCCAAGAUCCACAGACAUCACCGAAUUGUCCGACCAGAUCGCAGGUAUCCUGACGGUCCUCGAGGAUGAGACAAUUUCAGCAGACGAACGGGUCCUCAAGCUCAAUUCGCUAGUUGCUCAGGCGGAACCAUCUGAAACGAAGCGUAAAAUCCUCUUCAAUUACAUCGUGUUUACCGACUGA